AGCGCGGCGGGCGCGCACCGGGCUGCCCGCUCUCAUAUUGAAUUGACCUUAUUUACUCAAUCAAAACUUAAACGAAAGGUCGAUAAACCUUUCUAUUUCAAUUUGUGAUAGUCAGUUUAUUAUUUGUACUCCAAGAAUUGCCUUUCCUUUACUAUUCCAUGGGACUCUGGCCGCUACAAAAAUGGUUGAAGUGAAAAUAACAGACGAUAUUAAAGUUGGAGGCAAUAAUCCUUGUUUUAUCAUCGCCGAAGUUGGACAAAAUCAUCAAGGUGACAUUGAAAUAGCGAAAAAGCUAAUAAAGGCUGCCAAGGAUGCUGGUGCGAGUUGUGUCAAAUUUCAAAAGACAUGUCUUAAAGAAAAAUUCACCAAGAAGUACCUCGAACGACCAUACGAUAAUCAGAACUCUUGGGGCAAAACAUAUGGAGAUCACAAAAGACAUUUAGAAUUUUCAGAAACUCAGUAUAGGGAACUAUUUAAAUAUGCACAUGAAGUUGGAAUUCCUUUUACCGCAUCGGCUAUGGAUAUGGUAUCAUUCGAUUUUCUUGUCAAUCUUAAAGUGCCGUUUAUAAAAAUUGGAUCCGGGGACUCGAAUAAUCUAUUAUUUUUGAAAUAUGCAGCGUCUAAGAAAAUUCCACUUAUAAUAUCGACAGGAAUGGUAGACAAAUCUGCAGUAAAAACGAUUUAUGAUAUUAUAUCAGCACAGCAUAAACAGUUUUGCCUCUUGCACUGUAUAUCGGCGUAUCCCGUGCCUUUCGAAGACUGCAAUUUAACUGUCUUACAAGAUUAUAAGAAUACAUUUGAUGUUCCUGUAGGAUAUUCUGGUCAAGAGUUGGGAACUGCAGUAGCAUUGGCAGCAGUCGCCUUGGGUGCAAAGGUCUUAGAGAAACAUAUAACAUUGGAUAAAAGUAUGAAGGGUACGGAUCAUGUAUGUUCUUUGACUCCAGCCGAAUUUAAACAGUUAGUGCGAGACGUGCGUGUUAUUGAGGCCUCUUUGGGAACUCCAAUUAAGAAAGUCGUAACAUCUGAAAUACCUUGUAUUGAUAAACUCCAAAAGUCGCUCGUCAUGGGAUGCACGAAAAACAAAGGAGAAAUAAUUUAUCCUGGGGAUGUAAAGAUUAAAGUAGCUGAGCCUAAGGGUCUGAAUGCUUUGCAUUUUGAGGAAGUUAUUUACAAAACUCUCGUGUAUGAUAAGAAAGAAGAUGAGCCACUCAAUGAGGGUGAUUUCUGUUGAAAGUAUACAGACGUGAAUCUUUAUAUUUUGAUCGCUGCUGAAUAACAAAAAUGCAUGCACAAAAUAUAUAAUCUUACCAAUAAAUAACAAAAACAUAAAUAUUUAAGCAAGCCACAAAUAAUCUAGUAAUUGUAUGAUAAGUUAAUAUUUGUUAUGUAUAAAGGUAAAUAUAAUACUCGGCCGU